CAGAAAUUCAAUACUUCAACAGUCUGAUUAUCUGUAGAAUACUUACAGUGUUUGUGGUUUCAAAAUGGCUCUCAAGGCUUUAGUUGGACAAAAGAUUAUGAAUGAAGUGAUCCGCUAUCGCGGACCUAAAGGAAAGGAGUCUCAACAUAUAGAAUGGCGAAUUUUGAUUGUGGAUCAACUGUCAAUGCGCAUGGUCUCUGCAUGUUGCAAGAUGCAUGAUAUAUCUGCUGAAGGCAUCACUUUGGUUGAAGACAUCCACAAGAAGCGAGAACCACUAUGUACCAUGGACGGAAUUUACCUCAUUACACCAUCAGAAAAAUCUGUGCAUGCUCUUAUCAAUGAUUUUUCUGUCGGUAAUCGCAUCAUGUAUAAGGCAGCUCAUGUAUUCUUCACUGAAGUGUGUCCUGAGGAGUUGUUUAAUGAGUUGUGCAAGUCUACAGCAGCAAGAAAAAUUAAAACUCUCAAGGAAAUUAACAUCGCUUUCUUACCAUAUGAAAGUCAGGUAUUCUCGUUGGAUUCACCAGAGACCUUCCAGUGCAUGUAUAAUCCUGUAUUAGCCCAAACACGCAAUGCUAACAUGGAACGUAUAGCUGAGCAAAUUGCUACUCUCUGUGCCACACUUGGGGAAUACCCGUCUGUGCGCUAUCGCAGUGAUUGGGAGCGCAAUGUUGAACUCGCUCAACUUAUACAACAGAAACUUGAUGCUUACAAGGCUGAUGAGCCAACAAUGGGUGAAGGACCUGAGAAAGCGCGUUCCCAGCUUCUUGUUCUGGAUCGUGGAUUCGAUUGUGUAUCUCCUUUGCUGCAUGAACUUACUCUUCAGGCAAUGGCAUACGACCUUCUACCUAUUGAGAAUGAUGUCUAUAAGUAUGAUGCAUCUCAAGGUCAAUUUAAAGAGGUGUUGUUAGAUGAAAACGAUGAACUAUGGGUUGAACUCAGACACCAACACAUAGCUGUUGUGUCCACAUCGGUCACCAAAAAACUGAAGACAUUCACUGAAUCGAAGCGAAUGGGAGGCGGUGACAAACAGUCGAUGCGAGAUCUGUCACAAAUGAUCAAGAAAAUGCCGCAAUACCAGAAAGAGCUGUCAAAAUAUGCGACACAUUUACGUCUUGCUGAGGAUUGUAUGAAAGAAUAUCAAGGCUUUGUGGACAAACUCUGUAAAGUUGAACAGGAUCUUGCAAUGGGAACCGAUGCCGAAGGUGAAAAAAUAAAGGAUCAUAUGAGGAGCAUUGUGCCUGUUCUUUUAGAUCAAAGUGUAACAAAUUACAACAAAAUGCGCAUCAUCGCGCUGUACAUCAUGUCAAAGAAUGGCAUAUCGGAAGAAAAUCUGAACAAGUUGGUUACUCAUGCACAGCUCGAUCACUCGGACAAGCAAGCAUUACUUAAUCUCGCCAAUCUUGGCCUGAAUGUCGUUAUUGAUGGUAACAGAAAGAAACAAUAUCAAGUACCGAGAAAAGAACGAAUUACGGAACAAACGUAUCAAAUGUCACGAUGGACACCUGUGAUUAAAGACAUUAUUGAAGAUGCAAUUGAUGAUAAGUUGGACCAACGCCAUUUCCCGUUUUUGGCGGGACGUGCCCAGACUUCCGGAUAUCAAGCCCCGACAAGUGUUCGUUAUGGUCAUUGGCACAAAGAUAAGGCACAGCAGACCAUCAAAAAUGUACCCCGCCUCAUUGUCUUUGUAGUUGGAGGUGUGUGUUUCUCCGAGAUCCGUUGUGCCUACGAAGUGACAGCCGCUCUGAAGAACUGGGAAGUAAUCAUAGGCUCGUCCCACAUUAUGGCACCAGAAACUUUCCUCGCCGAUCUAAACUCACUUACUGCCUAAAUCGCUGAGACAGUUUGCAGUAAUAUUGCUUCUACUAAAGAAAGGGCCUUGACUUUUGCAGGCAUAUGUAGAUUGAGAUCAAAUUACAAAUUAGAUAACGGUAUUCUUUCGAGCAUCAAUUGUGAUAUAACUUAAAUCAUUACAAGUACGUGUGAUUCGAAGUAUAUUUAAAACCCAAAUCCUAAUAUUCGUAACGUUAGUAUUAUCAACAUCAGUUAACUAGUCAAGCAACUAGAGACACCUCUUUCUUUAUAAUGUAUGUGGCAGUAACCGAUAUAAUUAUAUGGGAUGUAUAAUACCAUUGUGACGGAGUCACCGUACGUGAUCACGUUAAGCUGUAUAAUCUAUAUUGCCAGCAAUAAGUAUCCCCAUUAAUAAUAAUAUUAUUAUGUUAAUUCUUAUAAUUAGUAAACGGGUAAGUCCUCUAAGAGCCCUUCUUAAAUCAAAUCUUUCAAAUUCAGACGCGCGUAACAGAGAAGCAAUAUAAUUAUAAGAAGCAAUAGAAAAAUUCAUCUGAAAGAAUAUAAAUGAACCCUAUUCUGAACGGAGUCUGAAUUAUAAUUAUAACUCUCAUUUAUUUAAGAACUCUAAGUAAUAUUUACGCUUCUUCCAAUUACAUGAAACUUGUUCUUUGCGCUGUAAUUUUACUAUUAUGUUAAUACCAACCGCCUUCUAUCAAUUUUGAUUGUAAAAUAAUGUCAUUUUUAUCGAUCAAAUUUAUUUAAUUGUCAAUUACAUCUUCACUUUAUUUUAUUUGUGAUAUGAUAAUGAUUGUUCAAGCUACGGAUAUAUUUUAUAUAGUUUUGUUACAAAUAUGUAGAAAGUUUAUAUUGUUAUAAAGUAUAGUUUUAAGUGUCCUAUUCGUUUAAUUCUAAUUGUAUAAUAUAAAUUAUUAUCUCUUAGUUAAUAUAUAUUUUAAAAUUUUACUCUAAUCAUGCAGUGUACUUGAAUAAACGUCGUCACUUCGUUUUCCCCUCGAAGGCAAGAAAACGGAUAUUUAGAUUUUAUCUAACGUUUAAAAAACAUUUAAUACAUAGAUUAGGUAUCGUUUAAAUUAUUGUAACUUGUCAAUAGUAUAUAUAAAAAAUGUCUUUGUGUGUCGUUAUCCUAAUUGCUUCACUCCGACGCCAGACAUAGCUUCAAAUUUUAAAAUU